AUGGCAGGCAACAAUAGUUUCCUGACCAUCCAAGCCCUAAAGGAGCUACUCGCUCACAGAGGUUACGAUCCAGCAGGACUAAAGAAACCUGAGAUGAAUACAGCCCUGAUAGACCUGAACCAGGAAAGGCCAGCCAGCACUCCCAGAGAAUCACCGUUCUCACUGGCAGCACAGACAGGACAGAAUGUGCUCUCACAGAGGGUAAGAGAAUGCCUGGCUUUCUAUGGCCCUUACACGUCACCUGAGGUGGUUAAUCGGAUUAUGGUGGAGGCGGAGAAAGAGUGA